UGACCUAAAAAGAGAAGGAGUAGAUUGUCCUUCGUCCUUUAUUUUGAAACAAUUUGCAGAAAUCAGCCGGAAAUGGAAUUCUAAAUCGACACUAGCUUCACACGGAAGGUUUAGUUUCCGCAUCUCGUACUUGUAUGCAUUUUGCUGGCUAGUUCUUUUGGAAUUAAGAGGAAUUGUUCUGAUAAUUUUAUAUCGACAGUCAUAAUGAACUAACAAUAUAUUUCUUCGACGAGAGACAAUGUUUUAAUUAGGCUUACAAAUCGAAAUAGGAAUUGUAUCUGCACCCUACUGGAGUUCACCUUGAAUGAACGGACGAACUAGCUGUGCCUGGUCGCGCUUCAAUGAGGCACUAAUUUCAUUUCUACCUGUGCUUUAUAAUGGGCUUAGUUCUUCGAAAUCUCCAGAAAGUUGUGCCACUACGACGUGCUACACUACGCAAAGAUGUAGACACUCUAAGGCACAUACUAGGGGUCCAAAAAUUUGAUAUGGGUAUAAUUUGCGUUGAUAACCGUAGAAUUCAACGCAUUAAUAACAUUUAUCGUAAAAAGAACACGCCCACAGAUGUCCUUGCAUUUCCUUUCUACGAGGACUUGAGACCAGGAAGGCUGCCUUGUCCCAUACACAGAGACGAGCUUAACCUUGGAGACAUUUUCUUGGGGGUUGAAUACUUGACGAAAACGUGCCAGAACGAAUCUCAGGACAUUCAUGGUGUUCUCACAGUGGUCACUGCUCAUGGGAUCUGUCAUCUACUGGGCUAUAGACAUGAAACAGAGGAAGAGUGGGCAGAGAUGCUGCAGAAGGAAAGCUAUAUUUUUACUGAGUUUAACAGACUCACUGGCAGACUUCUGGAACCUCUGACCAAGAAAUGCACCCAAAGCAGGUGACUUCAUCAAUCCCAACUACCUAAAAACUGGAUUUUAACAUUCAAUUGAGGACAUCCAAAAGUAGACUUUUGGUUCAAGACCAUGUAAUUUACUCAACUCACAGUGCACAGUACAAUGGACAUAUACCUGCACCUCCACAAUUAUCAAACACUACUGCUCAUUAAACGUUUUGGCUUGACAUGUGACAGGAAAAAUAAAACAUCAAAACAUGUUAA